AUGCCUUCUGUUAUGACAUUUAAAUGCCGACUUUAUGGAAUAGAUCAAUCCUCCAUUGAAAGGAAAUUUGUUGAAAUAGCUAAUUCAUCUUCAUACGAUUAUAUUUUAAAUUUGGGUGGUUCAGUAUUCUCUGGUACGGCCACAUCAACAAACAUGGGUAACCAAAAAUAUGUUAGUACGUAUCAUACUUUCGACAGUUUGGGUGUACCACAUUUUUUUCUGUUAAUCAUUGAUAUUCAUUUAAAAUCGAUUCAACUAAACUUAACGUUACAUGAACAACGUGAUUCUGGAUCAUUUUGGCAAGUAGCAGCAAUGAAUAACAAUGAAAUUAUUGGUAUAAGAGAAAGUUUUCAUGCUGGAUCAACUUUAGAAGUAGCUAGAAUUAAUCAGACAAAUGGUUUCAUGGAAACUAUAGGAACCUAUCCAUAUGGCUCAUAUAGUAUCGUUAUGGUUUAUGCACCAAAACGUCGAUUAUAUUAUAAUGUUAUUGAGUCAACAUUGUAUGCUGUAAAUAUUGAUACAGGUGAAUUAGAUAUAAAUAUUCAAAUACCAAAUGAUUAUACAAUAUACGGAAUUGAUUAUGAUUUUGUCAAUGAUCGUUUAAUAGCUCUGAUUUAUUCGUCAUCCAUUACGAAUGGUUGGAUUUUGACACAAAUAAUAAUAACAACAAAAAACGAAUUAAAAUUUGAUCGUAUUGGUGAAACAAUAAUCCCAUUUGAAAAGUACUCCUGGACAACAACAUAUACAAUAAAUUCAAAUGAACGUUUUUGGAUGACAUUAUGGAGUUCAAAAGAUUCAAAAAAAAGCAUUUUUAUCGUAUUGAAUAUUGAUAAUGGAGAAAUCAUGGAAAAAUGGGAAACAAAUAAAACUGAUCUUAGUAAUUUAGUUUGCUUUGAUUAA